CAGUGCUCUCUCUGCCCCUGUCCGACGUGCAUUUCGACUGUUGUGUCCAAAGCAUUUCGACUGUUCUGUCCAAACGGACAAGUCAUCUUGACGGAGCAGAACUUUCUGCGCGGAGAAACGGACAACGAUGAGGAAAUGCUUUUCUCCAAACCAUUUAAUGUGUUUUUCAUCUUGCUUGCUGGGUCACUCAUCGCUGGAGCUGCAAAGCAAUAUAACUCUUUCGCGGGACCUUGGAUUGCUUACACCGAAAAAUACUUUACGUGCAAUGAGAAUUAUCAUUGGACAUGGAGUUUAAAAUCAACUCACUUUAACCCCGCACGGCCACUGGACCUGCAACGUUUAACUGGAUGGGUCAACGCCACAACCCCAAUGACGGAUCAAACUUUUGUGCAUGUUACAAUGGACCUUUGGAGCAACAACAUGUGGAAGCAAAACGCGUUUGUCUUCAAGUUUCCGGACCACGGCUGCUCAGUGCUCGUCAAGAACAUCCCAGAUUUUGUCCGCCAAGUUUUUAACUAUAAGCCAAGGACACCGUGCCUCAUACCAGCGGCCUAUUACGAGGUGAACGAUAAGCCCGUUGAGUAUGUGUUCCCCAGCGUUCCCACCAUGGUCUACGGACAUUACCGCUUUCGGCUGGAGUCGGGUUACCGCGGCUCAACACCCGAAGCCUGCUUCAUAGCGGAGGUUCGCGUUGUGCCGAAGCCCGUCCAGUAACAAGUCACUAACGGUGCUGAAGUCAUUGACAGAAUCGGACAAGAAGCGGAACACCGCG